UGCCUUUUGCCCGCCCUCCCCGCCACCUGCUCCAGAGCUGGUUAGCUGCCUGGUCCUCCUCCCAGCCCUCCCCGUAGCUGGUAGGAGGUCCCCCGUCCACCACCGGGAGCUGCUGCCUAUGGCCAGGAGGGCGGGCAGCAGCCCUGGGAAGAUGCGCUGGGUGGCCGUCGGCACUCUGAGGACGCUGCUCUUCAUCUGCCUGUGUGUGUGUGCCUGGUACGCCGGGUACCUGCUGGCGGAGCUCCUUCCGGACGUCUCCCUGUCCAGCGUGGCCUACCGCAUCCGCGGCAUCGGCGAGAGGCCCAUCCUCCAAGCCCCGGUCCCCAAAAGGCAAAAAUGUGACCACUGGGCCCCGUGCCCACCGAACACCUAUGCCUACCGCUUGCUCAGCGGCGGCGGCCGGGACAAGUACGCCAAAAUCUGCUUUGAGGACGCACUGCUCAUUGGAGAAAAGACCAGGAAUGUUGGGAGAGGAAUAAAUAUUGCCAUUGUUAAUUAUACGACUGCGAAAGUGAUAGCAACACAGUAUUUUGACAUGUACGAAGGAGAUAACUCUGGAGCGAUGACACAGUUUAUUCGGGGUGCUCCGGCGAAGUCUCUGCUCUUCAUGGUGACCCACGACGACGGCAGCAGCCGGCUGAAGGAGGACGCCAAGAAGGCCAUAGAAGAACUCGGAAGCAAAGAGAUCAGGACCAUGAAAUUCAGGUCAAGCUGGGUGUUUCUCACAGCGAAAGGCUUUGAACUUCCUGCAGGAAUUCAGAGAGAGAAGAUCAACCACUCUGAUCGUGCAAAUAACAGAUACUCGGGCUGGCCCGCAGAAAUACAGAUAGAAGGCUGUAUACCGAAAGAACCAAGCUAACACUGUGCAGACAAUAAAAGUUUUUUUAUAGACAAAUGA